UUGUUUCCGCCUUCCGCCUUCCGUCGCGUCACAAUCGUGACUCGCGCGACGUAUUCCGACGUUUGUGCAUGCGUUUGUUCGCGCUCCGACGAUGUCUCGUGGCGCAGCGUAAUUCUUGCCCGAGUUUCGUUACCAGACCGUAAAACAUCGAGUGAGCGUCUUACAGAUUAGGUUCGUUUCUGCCGAGGGAGUAUGGAAUCUAUGGAUUCGCGGCUAGUGGCACAAGCAUUGAACUACCAUGGUCAGCAGUUGCAGAAAGUAUGGGAAGGAGAGCGCAACGAAAAUGAACUGGUCAUGCUCAAUCUGAAGGAUCCUAGCUUUGAAAUUUAUCAACAACGGCAAAAGACUCUUAGUUUUGGAGAUAGAGGCAAACGUCUGAAGCUGCAACAGUUUCUCACUAAAAAAGCUGACGAUCUGUAUGAUAAAGCAAACUUAGAGAAAUCAACAGACCGUAAUAAGCUGGAGCUGGGAGACGAAGAGUUUUAUGCUACAGUUCCAGCACUCGACACUUUUGUCACCAUGGAGAAGUCCCAACGCAUCCGCAACUUUUUAGAGAGUUUAGUAGUUGGGGAUGUAAUUUUUGCACAAGUAAUGGGCAAAAGCGCCGCAGGUCUUCUUCUGAAGGUACUUUGCAACUGCAGUGAUUGUCCUAGAGUUGUCACUGAAUUAGGAGUUAAGGCACUAAUUUUAAAUACGGCCACUGUGCCGGCGGUGGACAAGAAAGGUGUUACAAGAGGCUACAUGGCAAAUGAUCUCGUCUGCGUCGUAGUCAGUGAAAUUAACGUCGAGGCCGAACGAGUUGUUGCAGUUAUGAACGUACCUGCCCGGGAAGGGCAAGCGCCACACCCAUCUAUGGGACUUAUCCAUUCUGAUGAUCUUCCCGAAGCCUACAAGAAAGCGAUGGACAACAAAGGCCAGAGUUAUGAAACGCUGUUGGAGAAUAGUACUGGCUUCAACAAUCCAAACAACAUAAAAUAUCUGUGCGACUUAAUCGGCCUCGGACAAGAUAAUCAUUCCAAUAUGGUUGGAUUGAGAGAAAGAUUUCCGCCAAAUGAAUAUGCUUCUGAAUUGCGACAAGCACAAGCGAGCAAGUGGGCAUUUCGAAGUGUUGCCGAGGGCAUUGAUCAUUUCAAGGCCGGUCGUCAUUCUGAAGCUUUCCAGUGCCUCAAUAAGGCGCUCACUGUUGAUCCUCGCAACGUUGAGGGUUUGGUCGCUCGAGGAGCAUUAUAUGCGAAUAGCGGAAGUUUCAAGAAGGCAAUUGACGAUUUUGAGACAGCCUUAAAAUUAAAUCAAACACAUGCAAAUGCUCGUAAGUAUAUGGCGGAAACAUUAGUUGCGCUCGGGCGCAGUUACGAAGACGAAAAAAAAUAUGACGAUGCACAAAAAGCAUAUGAGAAUUGUUUGGCGAUUGCGCCAUUUCAUGAAGAAGCGCGAAGUUCCAUUGACUACAUAAAAGCUAAGACUCUCACAUCUUCGCUGAACCCCCUGGAUACUUUUAAGGGUUUCGAAGCUGAGAAUGAUGUUGCAGAAAACAAAAAAGAUAAAAAGAAGCGCAAGAAGGAGAGAAAAUCUAGAACAAAGAAAAGACAAAGAUGGAGCUCUAGCUCGAGCUCUUCAUCCACCGGAUCUUCGACUUCUUCGAGUUCAGAUUCGAGCAGCUCGUCAUCUUCGGGAAGCUCACGAUCGGCAUCCCGGUCACCAAACCGUAAACGCAAACAUAAGAAAGAUCAUCGCAGCUCACUUUCGCCGCUUAGUAAGCGCAUGGCUCAAUAUAACAAUCCUCCCGCUGCGACUGCCACUACUCACGAUACUAUCGCGCCAGCUUCUUACACCACAAAUACACGCGAAAAGAUGGAUGACUAUGAACUUAAAGUACGCAAAUUUCUUGAGCAAACCAAGGACGAUUCUGAUUAUGAAGAUAAGGUAAGAAAAUUCUUAGAAGAGACAGCAAGAUGGAAGAGGGAAAGAGAAAAGGAAAAGAAACACUCCGAAAAUGAAAAAAUGAAGAAAAAGAAGAAGAAAGAAAAGAAGGGGAAGGAUAAGGACAAGGAGGACAAGAAGAGUCGAAAGAAGAAGAAGAAAGAAGAACGGAAAAAGCGUAAAAACAAGGACAAGCUCGAACGAGAUUUAGAAGCGUUGAAAAAGUCGUCUUUACCGGAUUUGGAACAAUUAGAGUCCAAGCUCAAUGCUUAUUAUGCGAAAGUUGAGAAAGACUGUGCGGCGCUUAAAAGGUAUGUAGCACAGUAUAAUGACAUACCUUCCCCUCUUAGCAACGCGGAGAAGCUCGCUGAAAGUUCACGCAGAGAGGAGGAGCUGCGCAGAGAGAGGGAAAGAGAAAGAGACGAAGCUUCGAAGGCAUAUCACGAGAGGGAAUCCAGGGUGCCGCUAACUUCACAACAAAGAAAAGAAAUCCAGAGGAAGCCACUAACGGACAUAUUUGAACAAGAAUCCCAAUUAAUUCAUCCCGAACCGAAACUCCCUGCACUAGACACUGCUGCAUUAAAUGCAAAAUGGAAAGCUGCGCAAGCUGCUAGACAAAAAGAUGUUCCUUCUCAAAAAUGGCAAGAUGUCCAGUCGGACAGCAAGAAGUUACAGUCUAAUGUCUUCGUGGACAGCGACGAGGAUGAUGACAAUGAAUUGGAGGAAAGAUUGCAACGUGCUGCUCUUGAAAAAUCUAUGAACAUACGCAAGCAAAUGCAACGCGAACUUGAAAAAAGAGCGCCACCUCCGCAACCUACACCAACACCGCCGCCGCUGCCGAAAGAACCUCCAAUUCCAAAACAGGCACCAGUCAAGUAUCCUACACCGCAACCACAGAACAAGUUCCAAUCGUAUAAAGAUCCUGCUAUGUCUGUUUCACAAACUACACCGACUAAAUUCGGCUCUAGCAACAAUUUGGGUGGUAAAUUUCAACCGAUUGGUCAGAACAGCGGAACAGGACAUCCGCCGGAACCACCACGUCCUCCGCCGGCAAAGAACCAAUCUCAAUCCAAAGGCCCGAGAACUGAUUCCGACAGUGAAAAUGAACGAGGCCAUCGACAAACUCCGAAGAAACGCGACUCUAGCAGCAGGGGCGGCAUGAAUAAACGUAUGAGCAGGGAUCGUCCGGCGAAACGUUCGCGUAGUCGCUCUCGCAGUGUUUCCAGUUCCGGAUCGUCUAGAUCUCGUUCACCAAGACGCAGUCGUUCGCGUUCAUAUUCGAAUCGACGAUCUGGAAGCUAUGAAAGAAAGUACAGUAGAUCUCCUUCGGGUACAUAUAGCCGAUCGCGGUCACGAUCGAGAUCCAGAUCAUAUACCAGAAGUCGUAGCCGCAGUAGAUCAGGCGAUCGAGGUUACUAUCGCAAGAGACAAUUCCGACCAUAUAACAAUCGCGGCACGUACUACAAGCCACGCUUCCAAGGUUUUAACAAUCCAAAUCAUCGUGGCGGUGGCAACAAUUUCCAGAAUCGAAACCGCUUCUAUAACAAUCAACACAAUAAUCGUUUCGGCAAUCGUCGUGGCGGUGGUUUCAACAAUCGCGGUGGUCGUGGCAACCGCGGUAACCGUGGCGGCAGAUUCUUUCACAACAAACAAGGCUUCCGUGAUUUCCGCGAUAGGCGAGACUUCAGGGAUCGCCGUGCCUCGUCGCGCGAUCGAUACAACAGUGAUCGCAGUUACUCACCCGAUCCAAUGAGGAAGGUUGACGAAGCGAAGGAAAAAAUCAACAAAAUGCUUGAAGGAGGCGAUGACGGUGAACAUCAGCAGGGUGGCAGCGGUGGUACGACCGUGCCACCUAACAAGAGACAAGCCGGACCCUUGAGCGAAGGAGAAGAAAGGGACGAUGACGACUAUGAGAGAUGGGGAGAGGGAGAGGGGGGCGAUGCAGCUAGUACCAAGAAUGAAGGAGUUGAACCUGUCGACGAUAACCUGGAAGGCAAGGAGUACUUCAUUGAGCGCAUGAAACAACGAAGCAAGAACGUUUUAAUGCAGAGAGCCAUUGCAGCAAAGAUUUGGUAGUUACGAUCUAUUAUCCAUCGUCGCUGCUUCUCUGUGAUAUAGUCGCUUUCCUUCCAUCGCCCGCACUCUGGGUAGUCAACUGAAUGAAAUGAGGCACGUUGAUACACUUGUGGCUUGAAUUCCUUCUAUUGAAUCGUAACUAUAAUGGCCAAAAUUUUAUUUUUCAGAUGUUAAUUUUAUUUUCGAUGAUUUAAAGUUAGUUUGAUUUAAACGUAAAUCGAAUUAACUUAAAAUAGUAGUUAAUCCAAUUAUACAUAUAGUUAUGAAUAUUAAAAUGAUUCACUUCUGAAAUUUUACUUCAAGUAAUUCCCAAGAUCGAGUAAAAAAAAACUUACGUCAAUAUAGUCAAAUAUUUAGUUUAAAUGUUUAGUUGGUUAAUAUUAAUGUGCAUUCAUAUAUUCAUUCAAUUUAGUAUAUAAUUUAUAUCGUUAUCAGUUCAUUAACACUCAAUAAGUACUCGAUUACAGGCUACACAACGUAAUUGGCAAGUGGCUUUUCAUUAUCAUUCGUUAUCAGAAGCAAAUGAUCUUUUCUUUAUCCAAUAGCGUACAUUUAUUUAUACAUUGAGAAAGCAUUUGGAAACAAAUUGAAGCAAAAUUAUUCAAAGGAAAAAUCAUGCAUUUCCGAUUCAAAAUUUCUUCUAAGAAUUAACAAGUCAUUGCUAUAUAUAUAUUCAAAUGCCUAUCAACAAACCUUUUAUUUCGUAUCAUCAUAAUAAUUAAAAUAACUAUUGUAAUAAAAUUAAAGACAAAACCAGUAACGAAAACUUCUCCAGUUUUGAGCAUCUUGGUAGAAAUCCGUUUUCGAAAAAAUUAAGGUUCCUUAAUUACUCCUUAUUAUUGUUCACUUUAAACCGUAAUGCGAGCGACUUCAUUAAAAUAAGAUACUUAUGUAUGUUAUAUGUAACGAGUUUACUGUACAAUUGAAAGUCCCAUAAAUAUAUAACACUGCAAAAAAA